UUCCAUUUGCAGAUGCAAAGCUUCUUCUGGUUGAAGUAAUACGGUUUAGCUGAGAAGUGUGUCAAACGGUUCUUCUGCUCCUCACCAAUUGAACGGUAUCAAUUAGAAGUUUACAAUGCCAACGCCGCGACGAAUUUUAUCAAUUAUCGCUUCUGCACUGAUAAGGUAGAUAACAGAAUACAUACUUCGUGAACCAGAUUCAAAGAACGAUCAGUGACUGACGCUGAUUCCUAAGGAAUGCCAUCAUGGUUCGUGAUCGAAUGCCAGAACUACGUGCAUGUCAAACUAAUAGCACUUCAUUUGGUAAACGAUUUAUACAAGAUGUACACAUCCAAAUAUCCCAAAAUAGGAAACUCAAGGAAGUUUUGGAUGAAGUCGAUGAAAUUCGUGGACUGAUUCGGCUAAUAAGUGAGAACACGAUUAUUGUAAAGGAUUUGUACAAUAACGUGUUGUCACACACGAAUAAAGAUAUACAAAAAGAACUGGAAGUUCGAACGUACAGCAUAUCGCAAACAUCGUUUCGUAUACAACAAAAGCUAAAAGAGAUGGGAAAAGAAAUUGCUCCUCUCGAUGAUUUAAAUUUGGCAAGUAUAAUUGAUGGACCCGCGCAUUUACGAAUUAAAGCAUUGCAGUAUACAACGAUGAUAAAACUUUUCUCAGAUAUUAUGGAAGAAUAUAACAUGUGCAUGUUGAGAUACCAUGAAAAAUGCCGUUUACUGUUACAACAACAAAAAUUAUUAAUCAGAAAGCAAAUUACAAGCGAGGAACUGGAUGCUUUACUUGAAUCUCAAGAUAAUAAUGUGUUUGUUGAUAAUAUUUUAGAAGAUACCAGAACUACUAAGCAACAAUUAGCAGACAUACAAAGUAGACAUAAUGACAUAGUAAAGUUGGAAAAGGCUAUUACGGAAGUUAGAGACAUGUUUACUGAAAUGGCAUUUCUGGUUGAAAAACAGAGCGAACAAUUGAAUAGUGUGGAAUAUUUUGCUGGAAAAACUGCAAAUAAUAUUGACAUUGGUCGUACAGACCUCAAAAAAGCCGAAAAGCGCAGUCACAGGCAUCGCAAGACGAAGCUUAAAAUUUGUCUCAUCAUCAGUAUAAUAAUUAUCAUUUUGUUACUGAUAUUUAUUUUUUUGUAAAUAGUAUAAAAGUAAAAAUUACAGCCGUUGCAAUAUCGUCAGAAGAAUAAAAGAUAUCUGUACACAAACGUUAA